GGGAAGUUUUUGACCGUCCUUGACGGCAUUGGCGGCCGUUGGGAGGGACAGGACACGCGAGUAUCGUGAGUACGGCCAUUGUUCUCGACAGGCUUGGCACGACUGGGGCGUCGUACUGACUACUGUCGCAGGUGCUGCCAACUCUCGACUGCUUUGGAUGCCUGGAAUGUUGACGUGCUCGGCAGAUGGAGUAGAAUUUCGAACCCCAGCGCCACAUUUGAAUGACAUACAAAUGUGGAGGCGAUUCAAAAUAAUUACGAGACGACGAUGGCUAGUCAAUGAAGAGGGUUUCAAAGAAGAGUCGAUUCCGAAAAGAGAAAGAGCACUUUUCGGCGAAGACCCGAAGAGAGAGUAAACAAAGAAAUCACCAGCAGAAUGUAUGCUCCGAAGUUCCGCUAUCAGAAGCGGACAGCGGCGUUCUAUCAGGACAAUGACAGCACCAAUCUUGCUCGCUCCCGUUCCACACUCAGACAGUUCAGCAGGCAGUCAAGUCGCUCUACACGUGGUUUGCGACGGAAGACCAGCAGUCUCGGAUCCAUUCCCAUUGCUGUUGCGGGCGGCGUUCGGAGCGCUCCACCGGCCGACCACAGACGAAGCAAAGGUAUCACUGCGCCGGAUGCUGCAGAGAAUGACGGGCGGCGCUUGGACACUGCGGCGAGCUUGCAUCUUGGCCAGCUGAGGAGUCGUUUUGCCGUCCGCAGCGUCUCCGUACCAACGACUCCCUUGCGUCGUGACAAUGAUGAACUGCCAUCACCUGAGGGGGUUAUGAAAACCCUCCAUGAUCGUCUGGGGAAUAAACCGGCGUGGUGGGAAUCACCGCAAACGAGCAUUGUUGACGAAAGCAUUGGCUCUGUAAAUCAAGCGCAACUGCACUCACCGGAUGAUGGAGCUCUCACGCCGAUCUCCAUCAAUCUCUCCGAAGCCAUGCCGUGUUCUGGCUCACCGUCCACCCGGGGUAGUCGGGGUAGUCGUGACACGUUGAACACACCCGGCGCCAAUCUUCCCUCCUCCACGCUGAUGUUUCCGCCGAUCAUCAACGUGUUGGCGGGGAGUGACGACGGCGAGUCAUGCACCACCACUCCGAGGAGCGUGCGCUCAGUAACACGAUCUCCAACCAUGGCAGCAGCUGCGGCAGCGGCAGCAGCAGCUGGACCUGCUCUGGUCGCGGGAGUCAUGAGAACCGGACGGCGGACGGGCGGUAGUAAUAUGGCUGUUGUUGCGGCUGCUGCUAGCGCCGGUGCUGGUGCGGAGCUCACUGAGCAGGAGCGUGCAGACAUCUCUACACGACAGCAGGGAGGCAGACGACGGUCGGUUACUUUCAAGCUGCAGCAUUCAGCAGCCUCCAGUGGAAGGUCAUCCCCACAGACGCAGCCGCAGCAACCGCGUGCCCGUCCCACAAGUCUUGGCCUCAGCAUGCCAAGCAAUGACAAGCCGGCGAUGGGCAGGUCUGAGCAGGUGCCAUCCUCCUCUGGUGGGAUGUUUCUAGGAGUGGACAAUUUGGACAGUGGACGACGUAGCUCCGUCUCCUCGCGGUCAUCCAGUGCCUCGUCAGUGUACGGUAUGCCACCUGUCAAGUAUGAGUACGAUCAGACAAGAUAUUCACGGCGGAGCAGCACUGAAGAGAUGCCUGCUGUCUCCCAGGAAGUGCAUGGUGAUUCCGUAUUCGAGGAUGAAGCGCACACAACUACUAGAAGAGAGAUGCACGCUCGCCGACGCUCGAUCGACCAGACCUUCCGCUGGCACAUGAAGGAGUUUGAGCUGAAACCGACCACAGUGGAGUGUUUCAACGUGAGCUACACAGUACCGGAAUCAGUGAGCGUACCAAGGAGGGUUUGGAACAGGCUGAAGGAAAAGAAAGGUUCACUUAGCAGCGUGAACGCUACGGCCAGUGCUGGAACAGCAGUCUUAAAAAACGUCACAAUGAAAAUUGACCCUGGCAGCUUGGUUGCUGUGCUGGGCCCCUCAGGGUGCGGCAAAACCACGCUGCUCAACACGAUAGCCAAGCGCUACAGCCGCAAGACGGCCAACGUCGACGGGGUGGUGAUGUUCAACGGAGUGCGCUCCACUAGAGAAUGGGUCAGGUUCAAUGUUGGCUACGUGGCGCAGCAUGACAGCUUGCUGCCCGCUCUCACCGUGAAGGAGACCUUGCUCUAUGCUGCCCAACUGCGCAUGGCAAAGUCGCUUACAAAAGGAAGACUGAUGCUACGGCUGUGGGCAAUACUCACAGAGUUGGGAAUAGACCAUGUGGCUGACCAGCAGAUUGGGGAUGGCUACAGUAUCCGAGGACUGUCGGGUGGCGAGAGAAGACGUGUCAGUAUAGCCGUGCAGAUCCUGUCCGCACCUCCUAUUCUUGUACUGGAUGAGCCCACUACUGGUCUGGACAGCUUCACCACCACUCAGCUUGUGUACACACUGACUAAGCUCACGCAGCAACAGCACGUGGUGAUCAUGUCCAUUCAUCAGCCCCGCUCUGAUCUCUUCAAGGUUUUCCAUGACAUUGUGCUAAUGAAUGAUGGCGAACUUGUCUGGGCUGGUCCGUCUGAGCAGAUGUUGCUGCACUUUAACCGCAUUGGCUUCUCUUGUCCGCUGGAUGCCAAUCCACUGCAGUACUUUGUGAAGCUAGCUAGCGUCAACAAUAACUGCUCCCACCAGGAAGAGCUCACAGCAGCUUGUGUUGUUGCUCUCAAGGAGGCAUAUCAGGACACCGAAGAGUACAAGGAGCUUGUGGAAGAAUUACGGCCACUCGCUACCAAGCGCGCUAGGAAACGGAGCCUUGUAAAGCUGGGCAGCCUGCGACCAGUGGAAGGACCGCCACCUUGGCGCAGACUGCAGAUUCUCACAAAACGUGCGUUCGUGAACACGGUUCGCAGCUCCAGUGCAGUAUUUGCACGAGCGUUUCAGCUACCAAUCCUGGCGAUCUACCUCUUCUUGUUUUUCACACGACUGGGCUCCAGAGACGACCAGCGAUCUCUUCAGGACCGAAACGGCUUUCGGCUGGAAACGCUCGUCGAGAUCUCAUUGGCUUCCGCGGUCACAGCUAUGAACUUGUGUCCACCGCUGAGAGAUCUGUACCGCCGGGAGUCCAAGGAAGGCCUGUACGGCUCGUUUCUCUUCUUACUUUCCUACUUCUUACACUGCUUUCCUUUUGCGGUCAUCAGCAGCCUUCUGUGGACGCUAGUUGUCUACGUCCUGAUCGGUGUCCCGCUGGAAGCAGGUGCGUUCUUCACCUACUUUGCCACGGUGCUCCUGCUCCACUGCAUCGGCGAAGUGACAGCGGUGCUCAUGCUGGGUGUGUGCCGUACCAUCCAGGCAGCCGACUCUGCCACCACCUUCUGGAUCAUGGGCAGCAUAGCCGUUGCAUCCGGCACCUACAGAGUGGGUUCAACAUUACCGAUGUGGUUGUACGGUAUCACCCUGGUACUGCCUAUCGGUUAUGCUGGUAACAUACUGAAGAUCAAUGAACUUGCAGGGCUUAAUCUGACCGGCUGCUCUGACGAUGAUGCGGUCUCCACACAGCCGCCGCUAACGAAUACAACCUCGGCGAUCGGUGUGCACAACGCCACAAGUGCACUGACGUGCAACGGUACGGGGCAUUGUUCAGGUGCAGCCAGCGUGUCACCUGCACUGCCGACAGUUGUCGUGGCGACGGCCGCGGCGACGGCUGAUCCACUCUCGCAGUGCUUCAGCACCGGCGAUGCCUACCUUGCGGACAACUUGAAGCCCUGGCAGCAGCAGCUCGACAACAACUUUGCCAUUUUUGUCAGCAUCCUCUUGGUGUUCUAUGUGCUGACGUUUGUCGUGUUUGGACUGCGACGGCGACUUUCUCAGAGCUAGAAUAACCCUGCCUGUGCAAUACGCCGCGGUGUGGCGGUGCUGGUGGCUGCUGAGCUAGUGGCCAUUCACCGGGCAGCUCAAUCAGUGUCCCAUGCAGAUGCUCUUCCCCAACCAAUUGAGUUUGCGAGUGGCAAAGCACAAUCUGGUCAGCUGGUAUAGUGCACCAAGUAGUGCCGUGACAGUGCGUUUACAUAUGCUUAUCUCAACACCCGCAAACUCCGGCUUCCGGUCGGUGGCAGUGCCUUUGAAUGCCGGCCACAUUUCGACUGCACCUUAUCCAACUUUUCAAGGGUGUGCACUCCUAUUCAUUUUCAUAUCUGCCCGCUCAGCCCGAAGUUUCAAUUUCUUGAUACAUGUACAUGGUAUUUAUAUCAGCUCCAGUAAAUCUAUCGCGGUGACGCCUUUUGAGUUCUA